AUGAGCCUCGCAGACAUUCUAAGCCCUUCUGACAUUGCUGCUGCUCUGCGGGACUGCCAAGCUCCAGAUUCCUUUAGUCCCAAAAAAUUCUUUCAGAUCAGUGGGAUGUCUAAAAAGAGCAGCAGCCAGCUCAAGGAGAUCUUCCAGAUUCUCGACAAUGACCAAAGUGGCUUUAUCGAGGAAGAUGAGCUCAAGUAUUUCCUUCAGAGGUUUGAGUGUGGAGCCCGAGUGUUAACUGCCUCAGAAACCAAGACUUUCUUGGCAGCUGCAGACCAUGAUGGGGACGGUAAAAUUGGGGCUGAAGAAUUCCAGGAAAUGGUGCAAUCUUAG